AUGCCUCUCACAGACAACCGCGCCCUGCGCAUCCUCGACCAUGCCGCUGACAACCACUAUGGCGUGCCCGCAAUGUGCUGCUACAACGUGGAGGGCAUUUUGGCAACGGUUCGAGCAGCAGAAGCCAAGCGCUCACCGGCUAUGAUUCUUCUCUUCCCUUGGGCUGUGCACUAUGCCGACGGUAUUCUUGUGCACGCGGCUGCAGAGGCCGCUCGCAACGCCUCGGUCCCCGUCACCGUGCACAUGGACCACGCCCAAACUCCCGAGAUUAUUCGCCGGGCAGUCGACCUCGGUGGGUUCGACAGUAUCAUGGUGGACAUGUCCCACUACGAAAAGGCCGAGAACUUGGCAUUGACCCGCGAGUUGGUGGAGUAUUGCCAUGCGCGGGGUAUCGCGACGGAAGCGGAGCCGGGGCGCAUCGAGGGCGGCGAGGACGGAGUGGCCGAUACGGUGGAUCUUGAGGGUCUUUUGACGACACCUGAAGAGAGUCAGGAGUUUGUGGACACUGGCAUUGACUGGUUGGCUCCGGCUUUCGGUAAUGUUCACGGUGAGUACGGGCCUCGCGGUAUCCAGUUGGAGUAUGACCGACUGCAAUCGAUCAACAAUGCCGUGGGCAAGAAGGUGCGCCUGGUGCUGCACGGUGCAGAUCCGUUCACCAAGGAGAUCUUCCAAAAGUGCAUUGAUUGUGGAGUGUCCAAGAUCAAUAUCAACAAGGUUUUGAACAAUGAGUACAUCAAGGUACAGCAAGAAAAGGCCGGCAAAGUUCCUUUGACGACUCUGUUGGAAGAGGCCACGAAUGAAAUGCAGAAGGCGGUUGAGAGAUGCAUGGAUAUGCUGGGCGCUACUGGAAGAUACCCCUGA